GUUCCAGAUAAAAAUAAACGAGAACGAUCUGGUGCACAUCAACGUGAACUUUUUUUAUUCAAUGAUCUAGUUCUUAUUACUAAAAGUGUUCAAAAACGCAGACGUGAUGCAUCAGUUGCAUAUCAAGUACGAAUGACUAUUCAAUUAUUCGGAGUAAAAUUGAUCCCAUUUGAAACUAUUCAUCAUCCUAAUGGUUUAGAGCUACUGGCACCACUUGAACAAAUUCAAAAUGUAGACUAUCAUAGAGAGGUUGGUAUGAAUCAUAUCGUUGAAACACCCAAUGGUCGAGCGCGUAUCUUAAUCACUUUAAAUACAAAAACAAGUUCAGAUCGUGCUAGAUUACUAGAAGAUUUGCAAGAAUGUAUAUUAGAAGUCACAGAGAUGGAGCGUUUAAAACGAGAAGAAAUUUCAAAACAAAAGUAUAAUCAAGUUCAUCAUCAUUGUUUAAGUCAUAAAUCAGGAAUAGACAAAUCGGGAAAUCAUCCUAAAUCACUUGACAAUCCAGGUGUCUCUUUUAACAUAAAUAAUAGUCAUACUUGUUCUGAUCAUGAUAAUACUUUAUCAUCACAUAUUUGUGCACCUAUAGCUUGUUUGAUGAAUGCUACAGAAACAAGAGUUACAGAACAAACAAAUCAUAUGCCUGAAUUCUGUCAGCAUUAUAAAUUACCAGAUGGGCAAAGAUUAAGUAGUGACAGUGGACUAAUGGCUGAUUUGGACGCAGUAUCUUCUUAA